GACCAGCACAAACCUUCCCUUACCAAUGGUCAUGGCAGAAUAAUUCAUACAUCUCUCCUGAAGAGGAAGAACAACUCACUUAACAAAGUGCUCCUAACAAAAAGGGGAUUUUAACUUGUGCAUGGGGAGGCAAGUUGAGGGAAGUAAUAUCGGUCAAUGACCCAACUUCUGUUGGUGAGAGAAACAAGCUUUUGAGCAACACAGAGUUCUUCUUCAGGUCUGGGAAAGGAACUCCCAGCAUUACAGCAAAAUGCAUGAUGUCACAUACACGGCGAGCAAUGAGCCUGGUAAAUGGAACCUUUUCUGAAAUCAAGGACAGAAUGUUUGCCCAUUUGCCCUCCCUGCAGCUGCUCUUGCUGAACUCUAACUCAUUUACUAUCAUACGAGAUGAUGCCUUUGCUGGUCUCUUCCAUCUAGAGUAUCUAUUUAUUGAAGGAAACAAAAUAGAAACCAUUUCAAGAAAUGCGUUCCGUGGCCUUCGUGAUCUGACUCACCUUUCUUUGGCUAAUAACCACAUUAAAGCUCUGCCAAGGGAUGUCUUCAGUGAUUUAGAUUCUCUCAUUGAACUAGAUUUAAGGGGAAAUAAAUUUGAGUGUGACUGCAAAGCCAAGUGGUUAUUUUUGUGGUUAAAGAUGACAAAUUCCACUGUUUCUGAUGUCCUGUGUAUUGGUCCAGCAGAAUAUCAGGAUAAGAAGUUAAAUGAUGUCACAAGUUUUGAUUAUGAAUGCACCACUACAGAUUUUGUUGUACAUCAGAUUUUGCCAUACGAGUCAGUUUCAGUGGAUACAUUCAACUCUAAGAAUGAUGUGUAUGUAGCCAUUGCCCAGCCUAGCAUGGAGAACUGCAUGGUGCUGGAAUGGGAUCACAUUGAGAUGAAUUUCAGAAGUUAUGACAACAUCACAGGUCAGUCCAUCGUGGGAUGCAAAGCAAUCCUGAUUGAUGAGCAGGUCUUUGUGGUAGUGGCGCAGCUCUUCGGUGGCUCACACAUCUACAGGUAUGAUGAAAGCUGGACAAAGUUUGUCAAAUUCCAGGACAUCGAAGUCUCUCGCAUUUCCAAGCCAAAUGAUAUAGAGCUGUUUCAAAUAGACAGUGACAAGUUUUUUGUUAUAGCGGAUAGCUCUAAAGCUGGUCUGUCAACAGUUUAUAAAUGGAAUAACAAAGGAUUCUACUCUUACCAGUCCCUGCACGAGUGGUUUAGGGACACAGAUGCUGAAUUUGUCGAUAUAGAUGGGAAAUCUCAUUUAAUCCUGUCAAGUCGUUCACAAGUUCCCAUUAUACUCCAGUGGAACAAAAAUUCAAAAAAGUUUGUCCCACACAGUGAAAUCCCCAACAUGGAGGAUGUCUUGGCUGUCAAGAGCUUCAGAAUGCAGAACAGCCUCUACAUUACUCUCACAAGAUUUAUUGGUGACUCCAGAGUCAUGAAGUGGAAUAGCAAGCAGUUUGUGGAGAUACAGGCUCUCCCAUCUCGAGGGGCAAUGACACUGCAGCCUUUCUCCUUUAAGAAUAAUCACUACCUAGCUCUGGGGAGUGACUACACCUUCUCCCAGAUAUAUCAGUGGGAUAAUGAGAAGAACCUUUUUAGAAUAUUUAAAGAAAUCUACGUGCAGGCACCUCGCUCUUUCACAGCUGUGUCAACGGAUCGAAGAGAUUUUUUCUUUGCUUCCAGUUUUAAAGGAAACACACAGAUAUUUGAACAUGUAAUUGUUGACUUGAGUUUAUGAAGGCAGUUGGAGUGAAGCUCAUGUACAAUGACAUGAAACAACAACAGCAAAAGACAGAUCAUUCAUCUCCUAAGAUAGGGUGAACUUGUGGAACUAGUAAGAAGUUUUCUUAACAUUUAGAAUGUGCAUAUUAACCAGGGAUUGCAUUGACUUGGUUAACUGCAUGACAUGUCCAUUUUACCAUUUUUAAAGACAUUUUAAAAUCUGUAAUUAUUCAGAGGAGUGUGCAGUGUAUUAGGAUUAAUCCUGGUAUCUAAGAGUGCUAUGUUAAUUUUACCUAAGAAAUUGGAUUAGAUUGGAAACCUGAUAGAAACAAGAGGGGCAAAAAACCAAUAUCAGACAUGAAAACUAUUCUUUCCUCUAAAUCUACUAUUUCAAAAAUAAUACAUACAUGUAAAGUCAACUGAACAUAUUUGUUGAUGAAUUGUAUAAAUUGACAUCAACCUUCAAAAACAUUUUUGGUCAUCUUAGUUCCUUGCAAUUGAUGGGCAGCGUCUAUAUUUGUUCUUUAUAAUAAAACAAAGGUCAUUGGUUGAAUUCAUAUCGAUACUAGAUGAGAUGCAAAGUUAAAUUCUUCAACACCUUUGUAUUCAUUUAAGCGAGAAAGAGUGGAUUUAAAAAAAAAACUCAUUGUGGGUGAUUGGAUGGCAAUGAAAUAAAGAGUUUUACACUUUUAGAUAAUGGGUUCCCAACAGCUUCAGAUCAAUAGUGACUGAAAAGUGGCUGAUAGUUGUUUGGGAGCAUAUCUGAGCUUAGUCUAAUUUGUAGCUCAUAAGUAUCAGUUUCACAUAUAUAAACUCUCUAACUGGCAAUGUGACAAACCCCAAGUGGCGGUCUCAGUAGUGUGCCAAGGAUUUUAAGGAAUAUGGGAACUGAACUAAAAUACUCUCUCACUCUUAGAGGAGGUCCUGCUUAAAUUAUAUUGAAGCACACUCAUGGGUCAGUGCAGGGAAGCCUGUAUUGGUGUUGCCUGUGCUGGACCUGUUCCAUACAUAAAUAGAGCAUUUCACAGCGUUCUCUAUCCCUUAAAUUAGCUUUCUGAAAACUGCAAGUUGUAAUUUGGGUGAUCCUCCUAACCACAUGAAAGCCAUAUUCUCCUCUGGUAAAUCCCUUUGAAGGGAGUUGUAGCUGCUUCAGAUUGAACAUUAGCAAUAAAAGUACUGUGCUAAGAAUUUUUGCCAGGAUCGCUCCAGACUAUUCAACUGACAAAAGGCUAUAGGGAUGCCAGACUAUGGAAGCUCUACUGCGUACAGAAAAAAACAUAUUUAGCAGUCUUUUAAAAUCAUUUUUGGGUGAAUGCAGCCUUCAGUGUUUACUCACCAUUACAAAUAGGUCAGUUGUGCCAUGCACAGUCGCUCUUCCAAGAGGACAGCAAGGGGCUAUGCAUGCAGUCAAAUGCACUGAGCCUUGUGGUGGAUGUGUUCUCUCUCUCUUUUAAUACAGCUAUCUCAAAAGCAUGUAGAGGUCUUCUCUGACUCAUCACUACAAAUAUCACUGUUCAUCUUAAAUUCAUAUGUUAACAUUUUCUGCUUUAUCAUGAGAGUUUUUGCUGCACACUCUGCAAUUUAUAAGGCUUUGUAAAAUAAGAUGAACCAAUGAAGCCCAUCAGUAUCCUUCCCCAGGCAAGAUUAUCAUGCCUCACCGCUCUGACUGAGCCUAACUUUUUUUUAGCACAGAUAAAUAAACAGAUAAAUGCCCAGUUGUUACAAAUGUAAAUGUCUCUUGCCGACUCUCGGUUUAAAGAUGCCCAGCAUGUAAGCAGUACUGCAUGAUAGGAUUAGGAUGUGACAGCGCCUCUCGAAAUAAUAAUCCACCUAUGAUCUGAAUUGCUUUCAUUAGAAAUGUUCUAAAUCAUAUGAAAUGAGAACAUUAAUGGCCUGUCAGGAAAUAGUUAAUAUUAUUGACAUGCUAAUUUCAUUUAAGAAUAUUUUCCCUUUAAUCUGAUAAUCCUGGGUUUUAUUUUAUCUAAAUAUAAAAGCUUAAAGAGGCUUUAAAUGAUCCUUUCUUCUGAAGUACUGUGCUCUUACUGCAAGGGACUGUUGGUCCUCAAUUCCCAUUCAUUCACUCAGAGCUAAGGAUACUCCUUACCUUGUAUGAUUGGGCCCUUAGUUGUUAAAGGCAGGUCUUUUGCAGUUGCACUAAUAGCUCUUUUAGGACUAAACUAAUGGGUCCUAUGUGACUAAGAUAUGAUAACCACAUGGCUGACUGACAAUCAGAUUUCUCCAUUAUUUUAGCUUGCUUUAUGAAGCUUUAUCAAUUAAAGAUGCACCUGUAUUUUUACCACCACAAUGUAGAUGGCUCUUUAAAUUUGGGAGCUGUCAGAAAACAUUGUACAUGUUGUGGCUGCUCUUCUAUAUGUAUCCAGUAUGAAAAUGUAAAUACAUUUUUGUUUUCUGUCCAAGAGGAUCAAUGUGUGCUAACUCUUUCUUUCAGAGAUCAUUGCCAGUGUUGUAUACACAGCUGGCCUUUUUGGGUACCGUCCCUAUCACUCACUUGCAAAGAACCAUAAAUGAGUAAACUUAAAGGCAAUAAAAAUGAAUCCUGAAGCCCACAGCAUGAUUUCAAGAGAGAUGAUGGUGGUCAGGAUUUUUUCUGCCCAAUGACAAAAGACAAUAUCCUUUUUUGGGUUAUUCACUUGUGGGCACGGAAGAGGAUUUCAGGCUCAGCUAUCAGGUUCAGUGAAAUAAGCAUUGUCCUCUUAUUACAACCAUGACUACAAAAACAAAACGAACUACAAAGGAGCUGAAGAACUGAUGAAAACAGAUUCUUUUGGUAGACUAAUAUUUCUGCUGAAUACGUCCAUUGCCCAGAGAGCUGAGCUCAUCAGCCCUUUCACAGCUUCUGCAGUGAGUGUAUAGUUGGACCGUGGCCUACCUUUUCUGCUGAAUAGUGUCUAAAGGUGUAGCGAGAUUAAAGGAGCUACGAGGGAGGUUGAAGAGAAAUAAGUGUCCAAAGAAAAGCCUCCCAUUGAUAAAUAAAUGUAGUAUGGGGGAUGGAUUCUUGAGACUCCAUUCUCCACUGUUCCUGUGCCAAGGAGCUGAUCUAUAACACAAUCAUUAAA